AUUUGAUCAUGUAAACACAUUUGUAUAACCUUUGUGUAAGCCCACCCUUUGUGUGUUUUCCAAGUAUGCAACUACAUCAUAAUGCCUCUUGUACGACUGAUCACUGACGCGUGACACUGCGGUCUGCACACCCGACUGAGGAGACACUGUGUAGUCGACUAGUACCCCAGGCUAUAUUCAACAGUCCAUGAUGGUAAUGGAAGGCGUCGCCCACCUGUUGCUGUUACUCCUUUGUUUUACAAGUGCUGCUGAUCCCCAAGACUGCUUAAAAGGCUGUUCCCUUCAAUGCACAAAUUGUCAGAAUGACAAAUGUCAGAAAAGUACAGGUGAAUGUGACAACUGUAAACAUGGUUUUUAUGGCAAGAGAUGCAAUGAGACAUGUUCACCAAACUGCCGAAAGAACACUGCGUGUAACCGUAAUAACGGGCACUGUGAUGAUGGAUGUUUACCGUCAUACUGGGGAGGUAUGUGUGACAGGAACUGUAGCCAAAGGUGCAACAAUUCUGUUUGCAUAAAUAUUUCAGGGAAGUGCCACCUGGGCUGCCAAGAUGGCUGGACUGGUUUCUACUGUAAUAUUAGCUGUCAAACAGUCUGCGUCAAUACGGCCUGUUCACGGGAAACAAAUGAAUGCAUUGAAUGCAAGAAUUACAAAAGUGGUGGGUGUGAAAACAGCAAAUCGUGUUUCAAUGUUUGCGAACAGUGUAACAAGGAUGGAGAAUGCACAGCAAAGAGUAUUGGAAGCUCCGAAACAAUCGUCGCAGCAAUAGUUGGCGUGGUUGGUGCAAUCCUGAUACUUCUCAUACUUCUCGUUGCCGUGGUUAUAUACAAAAAAUGGUUUUGUAAGCCCCAAGGUGAUUAUGGGUCACAGGAGCAUGAUGCCGAGAACUUAACACUUCAAGAAAGGAACAGCCCACAAAGUGAUGCCGGACACUUAUCAGAGAAAUUUCCACUUAGGUAGGCUUGUGAAUAAAUUCAACAUCUGAUGAGAGAAGUGAUGUCUUACGCGGCCCAGGAAGUCCCGGGCGUCUUGAUGGCAGUUCACACGGUCCCAUCUAUUCUGUGGAACUACGAUCUUACGAUAGGUAUAAAUACAGUGUAAGAACAAAUUGGAAAAAAACUCUGUAAGCUCUUGUAGAGUCGAAGAACAAUGUUAGCACAUUCCCCGAGAACCUCUCCAGACGCCAGGAAACAUCAGUUGCUGGACACAUCUACGCCAGGAUUGUGGACUGAAUGAAGUCUCUGAUAACUGUGACAGAUGAACUGGAACCCAUUCCGAUGUUCAACUGGUGCGGCAGUAAGAGUUGAGUUGAGUUGAGUUGAGUUGAGUUGAGGUUUCUGGUUCAACACAACAUUUUAAAGAUGAAAGCAUAAAAGAAAGUCAUCAUUCCCGAGAAAGGUUAUUCCAAACUUUUAAUGUGACGGUUUUAAAAGCAUCUGCUCGAUAUUACAUUGUCAUAAUGUAAACUAGUUUGAGAUGCGAAUCUUGGUAUGCCAGUAACUAGAUACUUCCAACUGAUCUAAUUUAUAAGUGUUGACAAAUGUUCAGUAAUCUCAAUUUUCAGAAGAGUAUUUGAGAAAAUGUCGUUUAAAGCAAUACAGAGUUUAGAAAAUAUUGAUCAAUCAAGUAUAUAUUAAGGUUUUCGAGAAGAAACAUCAUUUUAGAUGCAGAUUUUGGGAUACUGUGAAUAUGGGAUAGCGAAUGCGGUUUAGCUAUAUCGUUUGUGUGACUGACAAACAUGUAUGCCGUUCGUUACGAGAUUAAUUGUUACAACCAAUUAAAUGCCCAGUCGUAGAGGUAAUUUAGAUUCUGAAGGUCGGUUUUUAGAUUGUUGCAGCAAAAAAAUUAUGUAAAGCUUGACAAUAAACUAACAUUUUCUACA